AUGGACGGAUGCGGGGUAACCGUUGAUGACGGGGACCCCCCGGUUGUAUUUUUUCUGGACAUCCUGCGUUCGGCCACCAUUUUGGGAGUCAAAACGCGUAAGAAACGGCCGCCCACGCCUCUCCGUGGCCUUAAUAUGGUUCACACAUGUGUGGUGGCAGGCUGUAGGAACCGAAGGACGCCGGGCACCACCUUAUCUUUCUACCGUUUUCCCCGGGACCCCGAGAGGAAGCAGCGGUGGGUAGCGGCCGUUAACCGGGAGGGCUGGGUACCAAACGACGGCAGUCGGCUGUGUAGUACUCACUUCAUCUCAGGUAAACAGGUAAAGAACCCUCGUUCGCCCGAUUAUGUCCCCUCUGUGUUCACCGCAGCUCCCUUAUCCCCAGAGAUGAAGGAGCCGGCCGCCCCGGAGCUCGCCGACAAGCAGGAGGCCCACGUGGAGGCAGCCAACGCCCUGCUGUUCCUGCAGGGCCAGGGCCGCCCCGCCCCCCACCGCCCCCCCCAGGGACAGCGCCCCCCGGAGGCCGAGGACAGCGGGUCGUCCUCCCUCAGCGACGAAGAGGACGACGACCAGGACGAAGAUGAGAAGGAGUCUCUGAACGACUCCAAGAGGGGGAGGUUGGACGUGUGUCUGGACUCGGCCGACGCCCUGCGGGCGCUGAAGAAGGAGAACCAGUUCCUGAGGGAGUCCGUGGAGAAGAUGUCCCUCUCGGAGAGCUCGUUCAGGAACGACGCGGAGAAGGUGAAGUUCUACACCGGUUUGCCCAACUACUUCGUCCUGGAGACGGUCAUGUGGCUGCUGGCGCCGCACAUGGACGGCGUGAAGAACGCGCGGCUCUCCAAGUUCCAGCAGCUGCUGCUGACCCUCAUGCGGCUGCGCCUGGACCUCCGCAACCAGGACCUGGCCUACCGCUUCGGGGUGAAGGUUGCCACGGUGACGCGGACCGUGCACCGCAUGGUGCACAUCAUGUCCGCCGCCCUGGUGCCCACCGCCGUCUUCUGGCCGUCGCGGGCCGAGCUGAGGAAGAACCUGCCGGCCGCCCUGCGCGGCGCCCACCCGGACUGCGCCGUCAUCCUGGACUGCUUCACCGUCGCCUUCGAGGAGGCGGGGCAACAACAGGGCCGGGCGCCAUCGCCGCCAUCUUCCUCACCGCCCGCUCCCGGCCCCGGCGUGCUGAAGUACCUGAUCGGCCUGGCGCCGCAGGGCGUGGUCACCUUCGUCUCCAGGGGCGUGACGGGCGGCGUGAGCAACCAGAGCCUCGCCGAGGGCUGCGGCGUCCUCUGCAAGCUCCUCCCCGGCGACGUGGCGCUCGCCGCCCGCGACCUGGACAUCGCCGAGGCCGUGGCCGCGCGCGGCGCCCGGUUCAAAAUAGCCGGCGCCUGCCCGGAGGAGGCGGGCGGACAGUCAGAGGGGGCGCCGACGGCAACGCCGGACACGGCGAGCGUGCAGAGGCACGUGGAGAGGGUGGUUUCCAUGGUGAAGCGGCGGUACGCCAUGCUGACCGGGCCCGUGGAGAGCCCCUUUGGCUCCGCCCCCGAGCGCGCCUCCAGCCUCUCCACCUUCGAUAAGAUCGUGCAAGUCGCCUGUGCCUUAAACAACCUCUGCAUCUCCGCCGCCCCCCUGGAGUGA